UUCACGUCACUUUGUUUUAGUUUACGGCACACCGGUGAAACAAGUGGAAGGGGGAUUUAAGAUUAGCUCGUAUGGCUCGAUUAUAUCUUAUUCACUAAUUCAUUUCGUUAAACUGGCCUUUCUAUGUCCAGUCCGCGUGUGCUUGCAUCCAUUGAAAUUAUCUUCGACGAGUUAGUUUGAGGGUUAGCAUGAGUUGAAAGCUACUUUUGUGCACUUCACAUGGGUUGUUAGCUAAUGCUAGCAGAGUGUGGCUCAAUAGUACGUAACAGCAACUCGUGUAAUUUGUAUUUUUAUUAAUUCUGUCAUUGUCGGCUCUAAAUAUGCCUAUUCAGCUGACGAGUCAGGCUUACUGUAAAAUGCUUUUACAUGCUGCUAAGUAUCCUCAUUGUGCCGUAAAUGGGCUACUAGUCGCUGAAAAGCCGAAAGACAAAAAGAAAGACAGUCAGAAUCACAUAGCUCUAUGCGUAGACUGUGUUCCACUGUUCCAUGGUACUCUGGCUUUGGCACCAAUGCUUGAAGUCGCUUUGACACUGAUUGACACUUGGUGCAAAGAGAAUAACUAUGUUAUCUCUGGAUAUUAUCAAGCAAAUCAACGCUCAAAGGAUUCAAGACUUAAUCAGUUUGCUGAAAAAGUAGCUUCCAGGAUUUCUGACAACUUUAGUGAAGCUGCAAUCAUUAUGGUGGAUAACAGUAGAUUAACAGUGAGUUGCUUUGAGCCUAUAGUUAUUAUCUAUGAUCAUCAUGAAAACAAAUGGAAAAGCAGAGAUGUUACAGCUGACUCAUUUGAAGACUGGCACGAAGCACAGAAGAUUACAUCAGCUCUUCUAGAGAGCCGAUGCUAUGAAAAUCUUAUUGACUUUGACAAUCACUUGGAUGAUCUGCGAAAUGAUUGGACCAAUCCUGUGAUCAACAAGUCGGUCUUGGAUCUCUGCUAACUAGUGCUUUGUUAUGCCAGCUUUCUCGAUAACCUUAGACCAAGAUUUAUUGGUGCCAUUUUAGCAUGCACUAUUUGUAUAAGGGAGAGAAGUGCAGAAAGCUUGGGCUAGUCUUUGUUUUAUCAAGGGGGUUUCCUGUUGAUACUUGAGGAAAAAUGAGCCAAACCUCAAAGGGCAAGCACAAUAGUGUACAAUUGGCACAUUUUGAGACUAAUAUUUAGGUAAGACUAGACUAAGGUUUUUAAUGCAAAUGUUUGUGACAAUUUGUAGUUAUGUGCCUAAAAUUAGAUUUUAAAUCAUAAAAACAAAAUUACCUUUUAUUAAUAUAUAUUCAGUAUGUUUAAAAAGUGUAAUGGUUUCUGCUUCCAAGGUUGUGCCUAUUUUAGGCAUUGGCAUGGAUUCAAUGGCUUUUCUUUUAUUAUAGUUUAGGGACUGCCGUUUUAAAGGGAUGCAUUUUAUUUCUUUAGACAGUACGAUUUAAACUGUUUUUACUGUACCAGUGGGUGGUGGGGGGAUGAUGCUAAUAAACUGGCAAAUACAGAAAAUUAGAACAUUUUUAUUUUCAUGUUUGAUGUGCUGCUUGGUUUGAGCUUUCCUUCAUAAAUAAACUUUAAUAUUUUGAGAAA